UCUUUCUCUUUUCGUCUUCUAUAAAUUGCUCAUUGAACAGGGGAAGCAGCAUAUCUAUUAUCCACCUCUGUUCUUUUCUUCCUUGUUUUUCUUUGUCGCAACCUUCCACCUCUUUCUCAUUAUUUCUUCCAAGUUACACAUACAUAAGAUUAUUAUUAAUGAAAUCAUCAUCACAAGUGAGUACCAACAUAGUGAAGCUCACAGAGUCGUUCUUCCAUUCGACUGUUUCGGCAGCAAGUUCACAAGUGCAAAAAUCAUCAAUGGCCUUGUUUGGUGGGUUAUUGGGUCAAUACCAGAAGAGAAGGCUUCUCUUCACUGUAGAAGAAAGCAAUAAUAAUAAAGGAGGCAAUAACAAAGUUAACCCCUGGCUUGAAUCAAUGAGAGCUUCUUCUCCUACACGAAUCACACCCAACAACAAUAACAACCAAGACGAUAGCAACAACAACCCCUCUUGGAUCGUUGGUCAUCCAUCUGCGCUGAAGAUGUUUGAUGAGAUAAUAUGGAACUCGAAAGGGAAGCAAGUUGUUGUGUUUCUUGAUUACGAUGGAACUCUUUCUCCAAUUGUUGCAGAUCCAGAGAAAGCAUUCAUGACUAAAAAGAUGAGAGCAAUACUAAAGGACAUAGCAAGACUAUUUCCCACUGCCAUAGUAACCGGAAGAUGUAUUGACAAGGUAUACGAUUUUGUAAGAUUGGGAGAAGUGUACUAUGCUGGAAGUCACGGUAUGGACAUCAAAGGACCAACAAAAAGCCGCAAUCAUCAGAAAGGUAAUAAUAAUGAAGCAUUAGUGCUCUUCCAACCUGCGAGUCAAUUCUUGCCCAUGAUCAACGAGGUGUACAAGAUCUUGGUAGAAAAAAUGAAGGCUAUUCCAGGGGCUAAAGUAGAAAACAACAAGUUUUGUCUGUCCGUGCACUUUCGAUGUGUUGAAGAAAAGUGCUGGUCAGCCUUGGCGGAACAAGUUAAUUCAGUGCUCAAGGAGUACCCAAAACUUAAGUUAACACACGGGAGAAAAGUUAUUGAGAUUCGUCCAACUAUAAAAUGGGACAAAGGCAAGGCUAUUGAAUUCUUGUUAGAGUCACUAGGCUAUGCAAAUUCUACCAGCGUAUUUCCCAUCUAUAUUGGUGAUGAUAGAACUGAUGAAGAUGCUUUUAAGGUUCUACGUAGUAAGGGCCAAGGAAUUGGGAUUCUUGUUUCUCAAAUUCAAAAAGAAACUAAGGCUAUCUACACUUUGCAUGAUCCUUUAGAGGUUGGACAAUUUUUAAGGCGUUUGGCAGAUUGGAAAAAAAACAAGUUCUAGCCAUACACCCACCACAAAUUGUAGAUUUGUAGAUGAGUUUAAUUUUUAGGUAAUUGAUACCUUCCAAGGAAUAUAGU